UGUAUCACAGUGUGUCAGUGAUCUUCCCUCCCCAAUCGAAUAUUCUACCGAUCGCUUUACUUUCCCGAAUUCAAAAAUUUCCCGGAAAAUUUGUAAAGAAUCGUUACUUUCCCGAUUCAUUUCCUCCAGUGAUAACCUAACAUCUUCAUCGUAUUCCAACUUCUCCCUACAUAAAAACCAAAGCAUUAGCUUUUUCAAUUACCACACGGAAACAAAACAAAGCAGAAAAAAAACAUGACGAAGAAGCAGCAGCUCGAUGGCGUGGAGGCGGAGAAAGCGGAAGCGAUGAGGAGAUACAACAACCAGAGACGGUUCAGGAACAUCGUACGAGCAGCCGCCGUAGCUUUCUUCUGCUACUUGUGGUUUCCCACGCUACAAGCUGCCUGCGAUUGGUUUAACCGAACCGGAGCGGUUAUUAAUUUAACCAACCGCGCGCUCGUCUUCUUCUUCGUUAACGUACUCGUCGGUUCGAUCUUCCUUCUAUCUCGCGAUCACGGCGACGAAGAUAGUAGGAGUGUUGGUAGUAACGAGCCAGACCUAUACGAUCAGUACACCUCCUUCUCCGCCGUAACCGUAGCCGUAACCGCCUCCGAUGAAGAUGAUUCGAAAAAGAAAAUCGUUCCGACGUUUAUCACGGUGGUCCAUGAGGAGGAGGAGGUGGUUGCGGAGAAGCAAAUCGUUCCGGCGGAGGAGGAGGUGGUUGUCGAGGCGGUUACAACGGAGAAUAAGGUUAUCCGGCCGGCGACGGAGUUUCGGAGGACUGAGUCGGAGAGGAGGAAGGGGAAUAAGAGGGAGGUGACGAAGAUUCGGAGGACUGAGUCGGCGAACGCGGCGAUCGAGAGGUUGAACAGCGAGGAGUUUCGUUUGAAGGUGGAGGCGUUUAUAAUGGAGAAGAAGAGAUGUCUUGUUCAGGAGAAAAACGACGUCGUUGGAUGGAGAGAAGAUGGUUCUUAUGGACUUGAGCUCGUUGGUGCUGACUCAAGCCAUGGGUCGUGCUAAAUAGAUAUGACGAUAACAUCAAUUGACUGAGAAAAUUAAAAGUUGUUCUCUUUUAGUCACAAAAUGGAUGUAGUUUUCUCUUAUAUUAAAAACUAACACCAUGAUUAACCCGGGUUCUUAGAAAACUAAGAACCAGCUCUUAGAGUCCUUAUUUAAAAACCGGUUCUUAGCUUUUUUCAGUUAAAAGUUAAGAAACAGUUUCUUAACUUCCGCUAAGAAACUCACUCUAAAAAACUCUAAAAACUCCGGGUUAAUCAUGGUCUAAUACUACCUUUCAACGUGGUUGCAUUGCAUUUUCUAUGGUAUUUAUAAUGAACCUAAUAACGUAGCUACCAGUCAAUGUUAUCUUUAUAUGAAACGGGCAACUUGUAAACUUAUCGUAGUCAAUUCAAUUACAUACAGUAUUAUCCUU